ACUUGGACCACUUCUCACAUUUUCACCUUGUUUCACAUCGUCUCUUGUGGUGCAUGUACACUGCACUGACACAGAUCUUUAAAAUAACAGGUCAAUGAGCAAUCCGCAAGUGAACACGCAGAUAUAAUCGGAUGACCCAAAAAAAAUUAGUCACGUACAUCACAUGAUUACGUGACCUUUCAAAGGAUCCGUCGGCGUUCAGCAGUACUCCACUAAUCUUUCAAUCGAGGAGACAUCACGGCAGAAACUUUCUCUCAGCGACCCAUUCCUCUACCCUGAAGGAUGUAAUGGUAUGAACAGCUCCGGUACAUCAUACGAGAGUGGAGUUUCUGAAGGGGAAUAUGAACCGCUCCUCAUGCCUUCUCAACGGCGCUUUGUCCUUUUCCCUAUACAGUAUCAUGAUAUCUGGAACAUGUACAAGAAAGCGGAGGCAUCUUUUUGGACUGCCGAAGAAAUGGAUCUUUCGACAGACAUCGUGCAUUGGAAUACCCGACUAACUGCAAAUGAACGCCACUUCAUCUCACAUAUUUUAGCUUUUUUUGCUGCGUCCGAUGGCAUAGUUAACGAGAAUUUGGUUGAGCGUUUUUCCAACGAAGUCCAGAUCCCAGAAGCUCGAUGCUUUUAUGGUUUUCAAAUUAUGAUCGAAAAUGUUCACGCCGAGACCUAUUCGCUCCUCAUCGACACACUCAUCAAGGAUGUCAAUGAGCGCCAGUAUCUUUUUGAUGCUAUAGAGACCAUACCGGCCGUCAAGCGAAAGGCAGACUGGGCAUUACGAUGGAUAUCUGACAAGGAUGCGACAUUUGCUACUCGGCUAGUUGCCUUUGCUGCAGUUGAGGGUAUCUUCUUUUCCGGCUCGUUUGCAUCAAUAUUCUGGCUCAAAAAGCGUGGAUUAAUGCCCGGGCUCACGUUCUCUAAUGAACUCAUCAGUCGUGACGAGGGGAUGCACACCGACUUCGCUUGUCUUUUAUUUACCCAUCUCAAGCGAAGACCACAUCCGGAUGUUAUACAAAAAAUCAUUACAGAAAGUGUCCAUAUCGAACAAGAGUUUUUAGCAGAUGCUCUUCCAGUUAGCCUGAUUGGCAUGAACGCAACCAUGAUGUGCCAGUAUAUCGAGUUUGUCGCCGAUCGUCUUCUGGUGUCGUUGGGGAAUGACAAGUUCUACAACUCCACCAAUCCUUUUGAUUUUAUGGACAUGAUUUCUAUGCAGGGAAAGACGAAUUUCUUCGAGAGACGUGUGUCUGACUAUGCGAAGGCACAUAUCAGACAAUCGCAUACUUCGGCGUCUUCAAGGCUGUUUUCUCUUGACGAGGAUUUCUGAGCUUCCAUUCCCUUUUGUCAUCGCGAUUUCAAUUAAUAAUAUAGACUCAUGCCCAAUUCAACCACGUACUUAAUAUACAACCACCAUAUGCCUGUCUGUGCUUGUAACUCCCUACUUAAUCUUUAGCAUUUUACGCAGCUCACGAUCACAUUUAUAUAUAGGAUUUUCUUUCGUCGA